CCCCUCGUGCGUGGGAAUCUGGAGUCCGGAUUUCCCAGGAGCCGCAGGAGUGAAGUUUGGCAUCUGGGCUGGGCUGCAGGAGGGGUGAGUGAGACAGGGCCGGGGGGAUCUUAUAUUUUGGGGGGGUGGGGGUGGGAGUGAGACCAGCUUAUUUUCCUCCUCUCCCCUCCUCCCUUUCCUCCCUUCUUCGCCCCGAUCCUCUGCUUUUAUUCCUCCCUCCCCACCAUUUCCCCUCCCAAUACACUGUUGUUGUUUGUUUGCAAAAGAAAAGCAGCGCCGCGCAAAGAUCCGCGCGUGGCAUGCCUAGCCGCGCAAAGAUCCGCGCGCGCGCAGACGCCGCGAGCUCCACCCGCGCAGAGGAGAGCAGGCGGGCGCCGCUGGGGGGGGGGGAGGAAGGUGGGGUCCCCGUCCCGUGACGCUCGCCUGCCGGCUGGGGGAAGCCCAGCGCUGGUUCGCCCCCUCCGGGCAUGCGCGCAGGGGGGGGGGGUCCCUUUUCGGAGCAUGCUCACGAGGGGCGAGUGAAGCCGACGCGUGCCCUUAGCGGGCGCCCUCAAUUCUGGGAAGUUUCUUCCCCUGCUCCUUUGCGGUGGGGGGUGGGAAGGGGGGGUUGUCGCCCCAAUAUUAAUUAAUAAUUAGUGAUAUGCAGGAUGAACUACGGGAAGGGAAGAAGGGAAGUCAUUGAUUUAAGAUUGUUUAAAUGAAUAUUUUGAAAUGUAAAUUAGAAAAAUUAAUAAAAGUUAUGUAUCAAAAUUAGUUAGUUAAUUGUGGUGGGGGUCCCCCAAUAUUCAUUGAUUGAUUGAUUGAUUGAUUGAUCACUCUAAUAAUUAAUUAAUUUGUAUAUUGCCCUAUACCCAUAUAUCUCUGGGCGGUUCACCACAAUAAUCUCUCUCUCUCUCUCUCUCUCUCUCUCUCUCUCUCUAUAUAUACAUAUGGCCCACAAAAUACAUAAUAAAAAUAAAGACAACCCAACAAUCCUGAGUUGUUAAUAUUUUUUUAUUUUUUUGUGAAAGUAAGCAGCAACAAAACACUCCUAGCUGUCUGUGAUUUGCUUCAAACUGGCUUUAAUGUUGUGGUUUUUUAAAAUGGCUGUAACCAGCCCAGGGAUUUUAUGAUGGUAAAAAAGCUGGUAAGAAGUUGAGUCGAUGAUGAGAAGAAGCAGCAGCAAUUUUUUUUGAUAAAAAUAAAAAUAAUGAAGUGACGGUGGUAAUAUUUUGAUCAAAGUGCCGUGGGUGACAGCACCAAAUGGUGCCAUAGGCAACAACAGCAACAGAAAGUGAUGGUGCUCCCUACUAGUGAGCACCGUGACAAAGAAAGUACGGUUAAUAAGCAAUGUAUUACUCUUAUUAUUAUUUAUUUACAUAUAUUUAUUUGUUGUUGCUGCUGCUGUUGACUAAAAAAGCUAACGUAUUCAGAUACAGUGGUGCCUCGCAAGACGAAAUUAAUCCGUUCCGCAAGAGUCUUCGUCUAGCGGUUUUUUCGUCUUGCGAAGCAAGCCCAUUGACGGAUUAGCGCUAUUAGCGCUAUCAGCUGUUUAGCGGCUAUUAAAGGCUUAAAGGCUUAGGGAUUAGCUGCUAAAAGGCUAUUAAAGGCUAUUAAAGGCUUAGCAGAUUAGAUAAAGGGGGAAAGCGGAAAAAAUCUCAAGACUCGUAAGGUAUUUUCGUCUUGCGAAGCAAGCCCAUAGGGGAAUUCGUCCUGCGAAGCAACUUCAAAACGGAAAACCCUUUCGUCUAGCGGUUUUUCCGUCUUGCGAGGCAUUCGUCUUGCGGGGCACCACUGUAACUGUGCCCCUCAAGCUUCAUUCAAGUGGUCCAUGGUGUUUCUGUGAAAAACACAAUCUGAAAUCUUUGGAAAUAAUAACAAUUACGGUGGUACCUUGGGUUAAGUACUUAAUUCGUUCCGGAGGUCCAUUCUUAACCUGAAACUGUUCUUAACCUUAAGCACCACUUUAGCUAAUGGGGCCUCCUGCUGCCACCGCGCCGCCGGAGCACGAUUUCUGUUCUCAUCCUGAAGCAAAGUUCUUAACCUGAAGCACUAUUUCUGGGUUAGUGGAGUCUGUAACCUGAAGCGUAUGUAACCUGAGGUACCACUGUAUUAUUAUCAUUUAUUAAGUUUGUAUACCCCCCUAUACCCGCAGGUCUCAUGGCGGUUCACACGAUAAAAAUCACAAUAUAAAAACGCAAAACACAUAAUCAAGAAUUCUUUGCAAUACAGAAAAAUACAAGAUACGAAAGAAACAAAGCCGAAAGCAUUCACUUAAAAAUCAUACAGCACCUAACAGAGUGCUUUACAAUUGCUGCAGCAGGCAGAAAAAAUAAUGAUAGGGUCCACUGAGACCCUCAGUAAUUUUGAAGAGGUCCAUGUGGGGAAAAGGCUUGGGAAGCAUUGCACGAAAUGAUGGGCCCUCUGUUGUAGUCACAAUGAUUAAUUUUUAUCUUUUCUUCUUCAGGAGGAGAAAAAGCUUUCCCUUCAGGCCUUCAACAUUGUCCACUGCCGUGUAAGAUUCCUCCUGGUUUAAGCAUCCCAAUGUCCUCAGCUUUUGCUAAGAGACGCCCAUGCAAAUGUGAAGAGAGUGACCCAUGGCUGGGGAUUGUUUUUGGAGACACGAGCGCCUGAGGAAAAAGGUUUGGGAGUGACGACUGGGCAAGUGUGGCCUCCUCACAUCUCCCAUUGCAUACGGUGUCUUCGGACAGGAAUGAAAAUGGAGGGCCGGGAGUCGGAAGGGCUCAAACCGUUGGCGGGGCUGGAAGGGAAGGUCAGGGGCUCCCACCCGGCUCCGUCCAGGACCACAAGGGCCUUUUUUGGCCGGGCACCGUCACAGCAGGUCAAGCAGGAGCCGGAUGAGGGCCUUUCUGACUGCUGGGAGACCCAGCUGGAAGAAUUCCCCGAGGCGGCGCGGUCCCCUCCGUCCGGACGGGGCAACAACGUGCAGUCGCCGGAACCCACCCCCUGGGAUGACGCGAAGGAGCUUCUGGCAUCUUUCAAGGGCGCUGUAGAAGGAUGCCGGUGGGCUCGCGAGGAAGCCGCCCCCAGGCUCAUCCCGGACACUGGAAGAAGGGGCUUUGGGGCAGCAAAGGAGGAGGUCCUGGGUGGAGAUGCUCCGAGCAGGGACACCCUCCGCCAGCGCUUCCGGGAAUUCCGCUACCAGGAGGCUGAGGGGCCCCGGGAAGCCUGUGGGCACCUCUGGUACCUUUGCCACCACUGGCUGAAGCCAGAGCGCUUCUCCAAGGAGCAGAUCCUGGAGCAGGUGAUCCUGGAGCAGUUCCUGACCAUCCUGCCCACCGAACUCCAGAGCUGGGUGACUGGGAGCAGCCCGGAAACAUGCGCCCAAGCGGUGGGCCUGGCGGAGGAUUUCCUGCAGAUGAAGCAAGAGGCUGAGAGGCAGGAGCAAAAGGUGAGAGGUGGCUCGCGUGGAAGGCGCCGGAAGCUUGGUGGAUGAUAGCCAGGUGGAGAGAGAGGCUGGCUGAGAGGGGCAGUGAGGCAGGCAUCUCCCGGUCAGACUGGGAGAGAACCCGGUCUGAAAUCCUAGAGUCAGUGAAGACGGAACCAAACUGCAUGACUUAGCAGAAAGCAUCUUUCUGUUUUCCUAAGAUCAGGUCUCCCAGAACCAGGAGAGGCAUGAAAAGAGCAGAGGGGAUAGUAGGCACCAUCUCAGAUUGCUUGGGGAAAACCCUGGAGAAAUGGAGAGAUUUCAGCCUCGGCAGCUGCUUCAUGGAUGCGAGACCUGUCAGAGAUGAGUUGCUUUGCUCAUUAGGUCUGACACUCCUGUGUUGAUCCUUUUUGCUGAUAAAGAGCUAAUUCCAGCCUGCUAGGUGUGAUUUACUGCUGGCUCGCUCCUGUCAAUAGUGUAUAGUUUUCUAUUUCUGUUGAUGUAAACAGCUUUGCUGAUGCUGAUGCUGAUUAUUUUUAUUUUAUUAUUUCAUUUCAUUUGAUUUUAUAUGAUUUCCCUCUGACUGGGCUACAAUAAAUUAAAACACAGUAAGACAUCAACCAUUAAAAACUUCCCUAUACAGUGCUGCCUUCAGAUGUCUCCUAAAAGUCAGGUAGUUGUUUAUUUCUUCGACAUCUGAUGGGAGGGCAUUCCACAGGGCGGGCGCCACUACUGAGAAGGCCCUCUCAGUGUGGAGGUCAGCUGGAGAGCCAGUGUGGUGUAGUGGUUCAGAGCGGUGGACUCGUACUCUGGUGAACCGGGUUCGCGUCUCCACUCCUCCACAUGCAGCUGCUGGGUGACCUUGGGCCAGUCACACUUCUCUGAAGUCUCUCAGCCCCACUCACCUCACAGAGUGUUUGUUGUGGGGGAGGAAGGGAAAGGAGAAUGUUAGCCCCUUUGAGACUCCUUAGGGUAGUGAUAAAGUGGGAUAUCAAAUCUAAGCUCUUCCAGGCAGAACCAAGGCAAGUGGAGACGUUCCUUCAGGCAUGCGAGGCCAAAGCUAUUUAGGGCUUUAAAGGUCAGCACCAACACUUUGAAUUCUGCUCUGAAAUGUACCGGGAGCCAAUGAUAUGAUGCAAGUGUUUGGUUUGGUUUUUUAAAAAAUAAACUAACCACUGAGCUGCACUUGCCCAAAGUUUCAUUCCCCCUUUCUUUUCUUUGCAGCAUGCGGAAAUGACGGCCGACCCAGAGAGCUCUCAGCUGGCUGCAGAGCCUUUCUCCCUGGCGGAUUCUCUCCCAAGCCCCCCGGAUGUGAACCUCCCUUCCCCGGAGCCCAGGAGACGGCGGGACGCCUGGUCCCGCAAGGAGACCAUCGCCUUCAUCGACAUCUGGAAAGCGGAGGACGUCCAGAUCGCCCUGGGCCAGCAGUACCGCAACAUGAAGCUCUUUGCCUGGAUCGCCGACCGCCUCCGCGAGCGGGGCUUUGAACGGGACGCCGAGCAGUGCCGCAGCCGGGCCAAAGACCUCAAGCGCGGCUACAAGGAGAUCAAGUGCGGGAACCUCCACUCGGGGAGGGCGCCCAAGACCGCCCCCUACUUCAAGCUGCUGGAGCAGUUCCUCUGCCUCCGCAAGGGCAUCGUCUGCGGCAAGGUGUGCGGGGCCGGCGUGGUCGAGCGGCUGGACAAGAGGCGCAAGAGGCUGCCCCUCAACCCCAUGGCGGCCACCAGGGUCGCCCGGGAAGCAGCCAGCGCCGCCCCGGAGGCAGCCGCGAACGAGCGGCAGUACGUCAUCCUCUUGCCGCAGGCCUCCCCUCCCAAAGAGCUCCGGGGGGCGGCCGCCGAACUGGGCAGGCAGGCCCGAAAGCCGUCCAAGGACGACGAUGUGCCGAUCGUGGGGAAAGAGGAGCCGCCGCGGGGCAGUAGUGUCCCCUUGCCCUCCCCAGAGAACCCUGCUGAACCUCAGGUGUCAAGUGAGUGGCACUUUUAUCUGUGGCGCUUUGUGGCUUGGGCAGUUUUUUUGUGGCAUACAGUAGUACCUCAGGUUAGUGACGCUUCAGGUUACAGACGCUUCAGGUUACAGACUCUCCUAACUCAGAAAUAGUACCUCGGGUUAAUAACUUUGCUUCAGGAUGAGAACAGAAAUUGCACGGCGGCGGCAGCGGGAGGCCCCAGUAGCUAAAGUGGUACCUCAGGUUAAGAACAGUUUCAGGUUAAGAACAGACCUCCAGAACGAAUUAAGUUCUUACCCUGAGGUACCACUGUAUAAUGGCUGUUAGGUGCGAUGUCAACAUUCUCCCUCCUCUGUCGGAGGCAGAAUGUGUGUUUUGCUUAUUUAUUUCACAAAAUUUAUAUUGUGAAAAAGAAAAUGACCAAACCUAAAAAGCAGUUCGUGAAAAGAAUAAAACCAUGAAAUUACCAGUUAAAAGGAAAAGUUAAGAGCAGCCAUUUACGGAUUGCUUAUUGAGCCCUCACUUUGGCCAGGACUUCCCAUCACUUCACUUGCCAAUAUGAGGGCAGAGGGGGCAAAUACCCAACUCUUACAAGUAGCUCCCAUUUCUGGGUUCCAAGCCUAGGGUCAAAGUAGACCAAUUAGCUUAUAUCAAAGCAAGUGAAUGUAAACAGGUAUGAGCUCCCACAAGAGGCAAUGGACUCUCCUUCCUUGGAAGUUUUUAAGAAGAGGUUGAUAGUCCAUUUCUCAUGGAAUGCUGUCCUGUGAAAUGCUCUCUCUUCGAAUGUCAAGGGAUAAAGAACUACAUAACAUAUAGAACAGGGGUAGGUAACCUAAGGCCCGGGGGCCGGAUGCAGCCCAAUCGCCUUCUCAAUCCGGCCCACGGACGGUCCAGGAAUCAGCGUGUUUUUACAUGAGUAGAAUGUGUCCUUUUAUUUAAAAUGCAUCUCUGAGUUAUUUGUGGGGCAUAGGAAUUCGUUCAUUUUUUUCUUCAAAAUAUAGUCCGGCCCCCCACAUGGUCUGAGGGAUGGUGGACCUGACCACAGCUGAAAAAGGUUGCUGACCCCUGAUAUAGAAGAUACUUGAAGGCAGCCCUGUAUUGGGAAGUUUUAAAUGUUUGAUGUUUUGGUAUGUUCUGAUAUAUUUUGUGAGCUGCCCAGAGUGGCUGGGGAAACCCAGUCAGAUGGAAGGGGAUAUAAAUAAUAAAAUUAUUAUUAUUAUUAUUAUUAUUAUUAUUAUUAACUGCCAUAUCAUGAAGUUUAGCUGGCGACAUAUUAUGAUGUUGGAAAGCUGAUAAUUGCCCAGCCCUGCUGUGGAGGAACCUGCUCCUGAGCUGCAUUGGGUAUUUUAGUGUCAACACCUUGAACUUGCCCCAGUUUGACUAAAGAUUCUCACCCACAGUAGUUACACCGAAAUGUCAUCAGAUAAGAUGUGUGUUUUGUGUUUGCGUGCGUCUUUUCCUUUAGGCCUCGAAUGUCCGUGAUUCUGUGAUGAGGGCUGAUGGCUGUUUUAUUUCCUUCACUCCUCCUCUUUCUUUUUGUCUCUCCUCAGGUGCUGCGGAGGAGCCGAGAAGGCCGACCGCCGGCAACAUGGAUCGCAUGCGCUUCCGGCGGGAGCGCAACUGGCGCCAGCGAUUGGAGUCUGCCCGGCGGCCGGUGGACCCCACAUCCUCCCCGGCGAUGGCGUCCUCCUCCAAGGCGAACGCCGACCUUGUGGACGCACUGCGGCAGCUGCACCGGCAGGACCUGCAAGCCUUCGAAAACACCCGGCAGGAGGAGCGUGCUGAAGACAGGCAGGAGAGGCGCCAGGAAAAGCAGGAGCGGGAGGAGGACCGCGCCACCACUCACCGCAUGAUCGCGGCCAUCGAACGCUCCCACCAGACCCUGGCUGACCUCAUGGGCAGGCAGACCUCCGCCAUGGAGGCCAUAGCGACGGCCUUUUCGACCCCGAGAUACCCCUCUCCCAGCCUCUUUCCGGGGUUCAGCCCCCCGUGGUCUGCCCAGCAGGCCGCUCCCAACUCCAGGGAGAGGCGGGCCAGCGCCUCUGGGAGCAACACAAUGCCCUUGCCUUGCCCCACCCCUGACGAACCCGGGAUGCACAUUCCUGCCGGGGCACAAGACUUGGCUCCGGGACCCGACCUGGCGCCAGGCCCCCUGUGUCCCUCCCCCAGCCUCGAGCCUUUCCCUCCUAUAACGAACCCGAGUCCCGGAGAUUCGCCGGCCACCUCGCUGCCAGCUCCCGUCACACACCCCAGCGCCACUUCGAAGCAGAGCCAGAAGAGGAAAAACUGUGACUGAGCAACACUUUGCAGUCCCCCACACUUUCUCGUCUGACCAGAUGGUUCCCACUGCCAUCCUGUUCCGUUCCUUCUCCUUAUUGAUUGCAGUCUAUGGAGUUUGUCAUUGUUCCACCUUCACGUCUGCCUCACUUUCUUCCCUCGCAAACAACGCUGGAUCAUGCCAAAGGGGGUCUCUGCAGUCCAGCAUACAGGUCGGCCAGCUGGGGAACCCCCAAGGAAAGAAGGGUCAGGGCCUGUGGAAUGGUGUUGGGACAACAAUGAGGGAGAAGAGGGAGCAGACUUGGGAGAAGAGGGAGCAGACUUGGGAGAAGAGGUGUCGGAAGCUGAAGGGGUAACAGGGCUUAGUGAGCGGGGAGAGUCUGUGGCAGAGAGCAGCCCAGAAUCAGAGGCAGAAGCUGAAGCAGGAGGGUGGGAGGAGAGAGUAUUCUGGCUGGUGAAGAGUCACGGAUGUCUCACCUUUCUGCUGCAACAAGUUCCCUUCCCCCUUGUUCUCCCAGAACCAGGAGAGGCAUGAAGAGGACGGAGGGGCAGUUAGCUUUAUACAGGCACAGUCUCCGAUUGCUUGGAAAAGGCCCUGGAGAGGAGGGGAGUUAGGCAGCCAUGGGGAGGCCUUCAGUCUCGGCCACUGCUUCAUGGAGGAGAUCAGUUGCUCUGCUCAUUAGGCCGGACACUCCUGUGCAUAUCCUGUUUUUGCUAAUAAAGAGUUAACUCCAA